GCUGGGCAGGUCUCUCGUGUCUCGCGAGACCCCGACAUUACCGCGUGUACGACAGACUACGGCGAACCGCGACGGAACAAUGACAGAGCAGACGAAUGAGGAGCUGACAUCGUCGGAGCUGGGCACCCUCGAGUACUGGGAGAACGCGUACGCGCAGGAGCUCGACAACUUCCACGAUCACGGCGACGUGGGCGAGGUAUGGUUCGGCGCGGCCAACACGCGCAAGGUCGUACGAUGGAUCGCCACGAAAUUAAACUUAAACAAACAGAGCGAUAAAAUAAUCGACAUAGGAUGCGGUAAUGCGAUAACUUUGGUGGAACUCGCAAGAGAGGGAUUCACAAACUUGAUGGGAGUGGAUUAUUCACAGAAAGGGGUGAAUCUAGCCCGCAUGGUGCUAUACGAUAACAACUUGCCGAAUGUAAAGAUAGAGACAUGCGAUAUACUCAACAACGCAUUGCCGCAUGAUUUUAAAGUCGUCCAUGAUAAAGGCACAUACGACGCUAUUAGUUUAAAUCCGGAAGAUCCGAUAACAAAGCGACAGAAAUAUAUAGAAAAUAUAUACCACAUCCUUUUACCAGGAGGAUACUUUGUCUUGACGUCCUGUAAUUGGACCAAAGAAGAAUUACUAAAACACUUUGAAAAUUAUUUCGAAUUUGAGAAUCAACUUCCUACGGAUAUGUUCCAGUUUGGCGGGCAGACGGGAAACACUGUAACACAAUUAGUAUUUAGGAAAAAAUGACACUGAAGAAAUUUAUAUAUAAUUACAUCAAAAUAAAUAAAAUUGUGUGUAAUCUGUAAAAAGAUUUUGAUUACCUUACACAUUUUUUACCAUCAAUAUAUUUUAAAAAAUAAGUUUAAAAAAUAAUAACUUAUUGCGAAAGGGUUCAAGGAUUUAUUUGUGCAAAAAAUAUCCAAAUACAUAAAACAACAUUAGAAUGAGAUAUAGUUAGGCUUUCUUAAUCAUUAUUACAAAGUUUACAAAAUAUACUUACAUUGUAAUAAAUUAAAUGACAACUUAUCUAUGUUAUUACUAAAUGUAUAACAGUGAAUAAAUAUAUUAUCUAUCGA